CCAGUCUUACAGUACAUGCCAAACAGUCUUACAGUACAGACUGCAGCUCAUCUGUGAACACAUAGGCGUAAGAGCGAAUAAUGAAAACAGGGAGGUAUAUUGUAAACAAUGUUAAUGAUGGCACAACUGGAUCACAAACAGAGAGUCUCUGGGAGGAUGAAGAAAAAGCUCAAAUGUGCAGAGGAAGCAGGUGUUUGGUGUUGAUGACAGUGUGUCUCGGGCUCAUUUGUGUUCUUCUGCUGGUCUUCAUCACACUGUACAUCACCACCAGAGCAGAGAGAGACCUGUUAAAGAGUUACAAGAACACUGUUGAAAAGUUUAAUCAGACUACCAACACCUUACAGGACAAAAACACUGAUCUAAUGACUGAAAAAGACCAACUGAAGAACAACUUCAACUCUUUGAGUCAGAAGAAACCAGAACUGGAGACCAGAGAACAAAGCCAGUUGGACGCCAAAGAUCUUACUGCUGAGAAUCAGAAAAUGCAGGAGUUAGAAAGCAAAGUCACAUCUUUGAGUGAAGAGCUAAAGAAGGAAAAAUCUAAACAAGGAAAUCCGCGUGGGCCUGAAUGUUUGUUCAAAUCCAGUGAGCCGAUGAGCUGGUCUGAGAGCAGGCAGUACUGCAGAGAUCGAGGAGCUGAUCUGGUCAUUAUCAACACUGAAGAGAAGCAGAAACGCAUAACUUCAUUCAUGAAGGAGAGAGUGUGGAUUGGUUUGUCUGAUAUUGAGAACAAGGGGAUCAUGAAAUGGGUGGAUAAUUCAACACUGAAUCAAACGUUUUGGUUUGAAGAUCGUUUGAAGCCAAAUAAUGAAGGUCGAAAUGAGGACUGUGUUGAACUGAUGCCCUUAGACUCUGGAAUGAACUGGAAUGAUCUCCCAUGCUCUGCCAAGAGAAAGGGGAUUUGUGAGAAAUUCGGUCUCCGGCCCUAAUUGGAGGUGUCACCAUCGCUCGGUAGGAACGGAAAAGCAACACCCUCUGAAUUAUAAAGGACAUUUGUUUUUUACCUGUUUUUCUCCUGCUUAUGUUUAGUUAAGGAGUUAGGGAAGUCUUUGUAUUUUCUUUUAUCUUGAGUUCCUGAUAGGAAAUUUUGUUUGCCGGGGUAAGGUAGUUCACUUACUUUUUGCUUAUUAUUUUGGCUUGGUCUAGCCCUGAAGUUACUUGUGUGUUUUUGUUCAUUGUUUAAACUGAAUACAGUAGACCCAGCUAACUUGUCCUGAUUUACCCUGUUAUUCUGAUAUUGAGUGUCUGUGAAACUGUAGUAGAGUAGAAUAAAAUGGUCAAUUGAAUAAAUGUUUCAUUGGCAUUAUUACCAUAGUAAACUUACAGCAAUUUCUUAAGUCGUACAUUUAACACUAGUGUAUACACUUUGGAUUUCAUAUUC